AGAAGGCUAGCUCGGGAGGGGGGAAGCCGCAGCCGGCACCGACCCCCCCCUCCUUGGGAAGGGAAUGCGCCGAUCCAAAGGGGGCUGCCUGCUGCUGUCGGGGUGGGAGAGUGGAAAAAAGGCUGUGGGGGGUACUAGAUUAGCAGCACCUGCUUUCGCCUCCCUCCUCGGCGCGCACACACUGCAAUGUCAAUUUCACACCCAGAGCCUAGUCAAUUUCGAUUAUAGUGGCUCGUGCCACAGCACCCCAAAGACUACUUAAAAGCAUCUCAGAAGGGAUCCAAAGGGGCGGGUUGUUGCCUUUUUCUACAAUCUGUUGCGGUGGGGGGGGGUCUUCCGUCUCUCUGCAGGUUGCACUUCCCCGUCUCUUCUCUCUCUCUCUCUCUUUCCCAACCACUAUAGCUUCUUAGAGUCCUUUUAAAAUAUUCCUCAAGGUUUUUAAAGUAUUUUUCUAGAAAUUCUGGGCUCCCCUGUUUCUCUCUCUCCCCCCCCCUUUUGCUGGUGAACUGGGAUACAGAAAAUCUGGACCAUUCUUCCUCUUGGAAGGGGGGGAAUGGGCAUCCCUCUCCACCUGCCUCCCUCUGCAAAUGUAAACCCUGAAGCUUGAAAGCUACCCAGUAACCCCACUUAGAGCUUCUCUGUGGGGGACCUCAAGGGUUGACUCAGAAUGCUGGGGCCUCCUUCCCUGGGACUUUUGGAUCUUCAGCUCCACCUGCUUGCCAAGUAAGUCGCAUUUAAAAGACCAAGCUGCUGCUGGAGAAGUUGCACGAGCCCGCAACAGACUCUGUUGUUUCUCUUCUGCAGAAGUUGUCAUGCAAGUCUGGACUGUUUGCAUUUUGACAAGCCAGUCAAAUCAAGGGGCUCCUGCUUGAGUGGGUGGGGGACCAGGGAGGAGGCUGGCCCUGGACUUUCCUUAUCUCCUUCCAGUAAGGAUUGGAACCUCAAAAGGACUUCUGAAAAUCUUUCUUCUUCUUCCUAUACCAGGACCUGCAGAGAGCAAUGAUCAGCUUUCCUUCCAGGUGCAUCUCUUUUUGGAGUGGGAGAUCUGAUCUGAGUUGCCUUUCAAGGUUGUUGCCACCUGCAAACAUUUCUGGCUGCCCCUUCCUGUGAAGAGCCCAGCUGUGUAAGCUGAGGGAAGGAGGGAGACUUUCCACAAGGACACCCUGAUGGGGGGAUGUGCUCUUGCCUUCUGCCUCUCUCCUCGUGCUUUUCCUUUCUCCUCGUGAAGCUAGCCAGAGAGCAGGUUGUCUGGCUUCUCCUUGCGCCACUGUUCUCCAGCCAUUGCCAAAACAGUUGCCCGGGUUGCCCCUCCCACACCGGGCUGUUCUUUGAUGGCUUCUCUGAGGAGAGUGAAAGUCCUGCUGGUUUUAAACUUGAUUGCGGUGGCUGGGUUUGUCCUCUUCCUGGCCAAGUGCAGGCCCAUCGUGGUGAAGAGCGGGGACGCCUUCCACGAGAUCCACCCGAGGGCAGAUGUGACCAACUUGACAGCCCACGCCGCGAGCCCCAUCCAGGAUGCAGUGUUGAAAAGGCUGUCACUUCUCGAAGACAUUGUCUACAGACAGCUCAAUGGCCUGUCCAAAUCACUGGGGCUCAUUGAAGGCUACGGUGGUCGUGGUAAAGGUGGGCUGCCUGCUACACUUUCCCCAGAGGAGGAAGAGAAGGCCAAGGGACCGCAUGAGAAAUACGGCUAUAAUUCCUACCUCAGUGAGAAAAUAUCACUGGACCGCACCAUACCGGAUUACCGCCCAACCAAGUGUAAAGAGCUGAAAUACCCAAAGGAUCUCCCACAGAUUUCUAUUAUUUUUAUCUUUGUGAAUGAAGCCCUGUCGGUCAUCCUGCGUUCUGUGCACAGUGCAGUUAAUCACACUCCUGCUCACCUCUUGAAGGAGGUAAUUCUUGUAGAUGAUAACAGUGAUGAAGAGGAGUUGAAGGCGCCCUUGGAAGAGUAUGUCAACAAGCGAUACCCUGGCCUUGUGAAGGUGGUACGCAACCAAAAGAGGGAAGGUCUCAUCCGAGCACGCAUUGAAGGCUGGAAGGUUGCAUUGGGUCAGAUCACUGGGUUCUUUGACGCACAUGUGGAGUUCACAGCAGGCUGGGCUGAACCUGUUCUUUCACGGAUCCAGGAAAACCGGAAAAGAGUCAUUCUUCCUUCAAUUGACAAUAUCAAGCAGGACACUUUUGAGGUUCAACGCUAUGAAAAUUCAGCCCAUGGGUACAGUUGGGAGCUCUGGUGCAUGUACAUUAGCCCGCCAAAGGAUUGGUGGGAUGCCGCAGACCCUUCACUACCAAUCAGGACUCCAGCUAUGAUAGGCUGUUCUUUUGUGGUGAACCGGAAGUUCUUUGGAGAAAUCGGACUUCUUGAUCCAGGAAUGGAUGUUUAUGGUGGAGAGAACAUAGAGCUUGGAAUUAAGGUGUGGCUCUGUGGUGGAAGCAUGGAAGUCCUUCCCUGCUCUCGAGUUGCCCACAUUGAGCGGAAGAAGAAACCGUAUAACAAUAACAUUGGCUUCUACACAAAGAGGAAUGCACUGCGGGUGGCCGAGGUGUGGAUGGAUGAUUACAAGUCGCAUGUGUACAUCGCAUGGAACCUGCCACUGGAGAAUCCAGGAAUUGAUAUUGGAGAUGUCUCGGAGCGAAAAGCACUGAGAAAAAGUUUAAAGUGCAAGAAUUUCCAAUGGUACCUGGACCAUGUCUACCCAGAAAUGAGAAGAUACAAUAACACCAUUGCAUAUGGAGAGCUGCGCAACAACAAAGUGAAAGAUGUCUGCCUUGAUCAAGGGCCACAGGAGAACCACACGGCAAUUCUCUAUCCGUGCCAUGGUUGGGGGCCGCAGCUUGCCCGGUACACCAAAGAAGGUUUUCUUCAUUUGGGUGCUCUUGGGACCACAAUGCUCCUGCCUGAUACCCGCUGCUUGGUGGAUAACAUGAAAAACCGUUCCCCACAACUCCUGGACUGCGAAAAGGUCAAGAGCAGCCUCCAUAAGCGCUGGAAUUUCAUACAGAACGGUGCAAUUCUAAACAAAGGGACGGGACGUUGUUUGGAAGUUGAGAAUAAAGGCAUGUCAGGUAUGGAAGUUAUUCUUCGCAGCUGCACAGGACAAAGGUGGACUAUUAAAAAUUUCAUCAAGUAGCAUGCCCUUUAGCUGUUGCUCGAGAACUGACUGGAUUUGGAUGUUCCACAAGGGUGGACAUCCUUCUGCGCCUCUGUUCUGUUUGCAAUAUCAGGGAAGACUCUUAGGGAAGAGUUUCUUCUUCUUUUUAAUAUUUAUUGAACUUUGGUUCUCUCUGCUGGCUUCACCCAUCUGAAUGGAGACAUUCUAGGUCUGCAACUGUCAUCCUGCAAGCACUCAAAUGGCAUUUCUGCGGAGAACUGUAAUAAAUGCUUCUAAUCAUUUUCCAAAGUAACACUACUGUCCCCAAGCAAAGGACCAGUGGAAGAUUUGGGAGAAUCAAAGAGGAAAACAAUGCACAAGUCAGAUAAUACCUUGAUCGCCACAUUUGCUGAAGGAUCAUUAGAAACAUUCCUUUACUCCUCUCCUGAUUCCUCAUUUUGUGACGCAUCUGUGAGAAUCCUGGACUACUAAAGGCACAUUUCAUCAGCUUCUUGCAGAACCUUUUCUCCAUACCAGGCACAACAUGCUGUUGCUAUUUUUGUGAAGGCUGCUGAAAGCGGAAGAAAAACCCAUCCAAAAUGCCAACUGUCCACUCCCAUAAGGGCCAGCUGCUCCUUUUUGCUUCAGCUUUUCAUCCUUCAGUCAGUGAUGAAGAGAUGUACUCUAUUUUGAAUGAACUUGCCAAAAGGGGAAGGGAAGAUUUUCAUGAAGAACCCACCCCCGCUUCCCAAUGGAACAAGGAUUAAUUUGGUGUUUGAGUGGUUUUUAAUGUGCAAUAAUCAAAUUAACUUUGCUUAUCAUCAUUUAAUUUUGUGCAAUUGUGCUUUAGAGACCAGGAAUUGUUUUACUGUGCUAUGUCUCCGGAAUCUGAGAGCAAUCUUCUUUCUUAACCAUGGGCUAGUGAGUGAGAGAGAUAACUUUGGGAAAAGAUUCACUACUGAACACCUCACACACGCACACAGAGUUGGUCACAUAUGGUUAGAGAACUUUUCUCCCUCUCCUAAAAAUCCCAAUGAAACAGAAGUCAGUAAAUUCAGGAUAGACAGAAGAAACUAUGGCUCCAAACAUUUAAAGCACAUGACUUCCCCCAAAGAAUCCUGGGAACCGUAGUUUACCCCUCACAAAGCUGCAAUUCCCAGCCCCCCUUAACAUACUAAAGUUCCCAGAAUUCUUUGGGGGAAGUCAUGUGCUUUAAAUGUGCACUAAUUGUGCACAUGCACAUGGUGUGUAUGCAGCCUAUGUCUUCACAUAGUGCAAGGGCGGGUCAGCUGUGGUUCUUCAGAUAUUUCUGGACUGCAGCUCCCAUCAUUCAUGACCAUUGGCCAUGCUGGCUCUGGAUGAUGGCAACUGGGUUUGCAACAACAUCUAGGGCACUGUUCUUCAACCUCGGGUCCCCAGAUGUUGCCUUUGGCUAAGCUGGUGGGGGUUGAUGGGAGUUGUAGUCCAACAUCUCCAAGGUUGGUCUAGGGGGCCUGCAUUCAUGGCUUCUGGAAGUCACCACAAUACAAUACUGUGAAGGCUAUCAGCUUACAUGGGUUAAACAAACACAAGGCAGAUAGAUAUAUUAGUUAUAGGGUUGCCAGGUUCAUGGCCUGAGACUGAUCCUGUAUCUUUAGGA